CGGCUAGCCCUCGGUUUUCUGCAGAGCUGGCGUCGGAACCCCGGGCAGCUGGAGCGGCGGGUGCACGCUGGUGGUCGACUGCUACGCCCCGGCUCCCCCUCUGCAGGAGAGAAACUGCGUUGAGCUGAGUUGGUCAGAUUGAGAGGCAUUGGGGUGAUUGCACGUGGAGGCACCGUCCAGGUUCAUUGAAGUCGAAAUGUCCCAAAAAAUCCAUGGCGGUUCUGUGGUAGAGAUGCAAGGCGAUGAAAUGACACGAAUCAUUUGGGAACUGAUUAAAGAAAAACUCAUUUUCCCCUACGUGGAGUUGGACCUGCACAGCUACGAUCUCGGCAUAGAGAAUCGUGAUGCCACCAAUGACCAGGUCACCACGGAUGCUGCAGAAGCGGUAAAGAAAUACCACGUUGGCAUCAAGUGUGCGACCAUCACCCCCGAUGAGAAGCGGGUUGAGGAGUUCAAGUUGAAACAAAUGUGGAAGUCGCCAAAUGGCACCAUCAGAAAUAUCCUGGGAGGCACUGUCUUCAGAGAAGCUAUCAUCUGCAAAAACAUCCCCCGCCUGGUGACUGGAUGGGUCAAGCCCAUCAUCAUCGGCCGCCACGCUUAUGGAGACCAGUACAGAGCAACUGAUUUUGUUGUCCCCGGGCCUGGAAAAAUAGAGAUGACCUACACGCCAAGUGAUGGAACCCAACAGGUGACGUACUUGGUACAUAAUUUUGAAGACGGUGGUGGUGUUGCCAUGGGGAUGUACAAUCAAGAUAAGUCCAUCGAAGACUUCGCACAUAGUUCUUUCCAGAUGGCUGUGAAGAAGGGUUGGCCGCUGUAUCUGAGCACCAAAAACACGAUUCUGAAGAAAUAUGAUGGACGUUUUAAAGACAUCUUUCAGGAGAUAUAUGACAAGCAGUACAAAUCCAAAUUUGAAGCCCAAGAGAUCUGGUAUGAACAUAGGCUCAUUGAUGACAUGGUGGCCCAAGCUAUGAAGUCAGAGGGCGGCUUCAUCUGGGCCUGUAAGAACUAUGAUGGUGAUGUGCAGUCCGACUCGGUGGCCCAAGGUUACGGCUCCUUGGGGAUGAUGACUAGUGUGCUGAUAUGUCCAGAUGGCAAGACAGUAGAAGCAGAGGCUGCUCAUGGGACUGUCACACGUCACUACCGCUUGUACCAGAAAGGACAGGAGACCUCCACCAAUCCCAUUGCUUCCAUUUUCGCCUGGACCAGAGGGUUAGCCCACAGGGCUCAGCUCGAUAACAACAAGGAGCUCAGCUUCUUUGCGAAGGCUCUCGAAGAAGUGUGUGUUGAGACCAUUGAGGCUGGCUUCAUGACCAAGGACCUGGCUGCUUGCAUUAAAGGCUUGCCCAACGUGCAGCGGUCUGACUACUUGAACACCUUUGAGUUCAUGGACAAACUCGGAGAAAACUUGCAGCUCAAACUGGCGCAGGCCAAACUUUAAGAUCAGGUUAAGCGCCUAAGGUUUUCUUUGGUAACUAGCUCCCACUGGUUUACAUUUUUCUAUAUAACACUCAAGGGUAAGACAAAAUGAAUCAAUUUUGUAAUUUGUUUAGAAUCCAGAAGUUUAGCUUUUCUACACGUUUAGUCUUUUUAUUAUACCUUCCGUAAUCGCCACGAUCAUGAAUGUGGCAGAAGGCUGGUUUGUAUAACAGCCUCGGAAUCACUUUAGUCCUCCUUUGUCCGUACUGCCACGUUUUCUCAAGUUCAGAAACAAAUGACCAAAAUCCCAAGGGCUUGAACAGGUAAACUGGCGCCGCAGGCUUGUUCUCUUGCAGAUUACUCUCCUGCCCGAGUCCACGGUGUGGCAUGGAGCUGCGCCCUGAACGUGUGCACAGCUUAGAAGAGUGAACAUGAGGAUCACGAAAACGUGUGAUGGGCAUUUUUGUAAACUGCUCUUGCUGGCCGUAUUGAGAUGCUGAAUAUCUUUGAGGAUGCAAGAGAGUAUGAAAUCCAAAAUCAAUACUGCCUGGAGCUCAGCCGCCUUGUGUUUGUCCUUCCACCCGGUGUGGCCAGUUUACCCGAAAUCAAACUGGGCUGUCAAGGCCAAUGAACUGAAAUCUGAACAGACGUGAAUCUUUUUCAUUCGGGUGAAACAGACCGAUAACCAGAAUAGGAAAGAUUACAGCCUUGAGCCCUGGCAUAGGAGAUGUGGAACUGGUGUAGCAGCUCUCUCGAGCCUGAUACAGGUUACUGCCAGGACUGCGGGAAGUGACACACAGCCAUAGAGAUGCAGUCAUCCACAGCUUGGAGAAGGGCACCAUCGUUCCCUACUCUGUAUGUCAAGAACAUGCAACACACGUGCUGUCCUUGGUUUUUGUUUUUUAAUGAGGGAGAUGAAGUUUCUAGCAGGGCACCAAUCUAUGUUUCUUCCUCUCCUGAUUAGCAUUCUGGUUCACUCACAUUUUCAAACUCAAGUCAUUUCUCGAUCCACUUCCUAAACCGUCAUUGAACCAGGAAGAACCAGUUCGAAGCCCUGCCCCAAGUAAAUUUUUCAUCCAAGUGCAAUAAUUUUACGAGCUGCAUCUUUUUUGGACCUCUGCUGGCCUGUUUUCUUUCUUUUAUAUAAAUGUGAUUUUUUUUUUUUAGAAGUUAAUGUUCAACACUAUCCGAGUCAUGUUCCUCCUCUGAAUUGUUAAUUUUAAAUAAAAUGCUAAUGAUUGUUA